UCCAGCAAGACAGCAGCAUACGUGAGUUAGUACCUGUGCCCUCUCCAUUCUCUACCAUGAACUUCCUGAAGUGUACGUACAUGUGUCCCCAGCCUGCUGCUGAAUGUCUGAGCCCCCCCAAAAAAGAGCUCGCUGAUUUUUUGAAAGAUGAGGACUAUAACGAGCUACUUGAGACCAUGCAGAACGGGCUUCCCGCCACACAAACACCUCAUCAUGUUGUCAUCGUUGGAGCUGGCAUGGCUGGCCUAACGGCCGCCAAGUUACUGAAAGAUGCAGGACAUAAGGUGACCGUAUUAGAAGCCAGUGGGAGAGUUGGAGGACGAGUGGAAACCUACAGGAAUGAGGAAGAGGGCUGGUAUGCUGAUCUGGGAGCCAUGAGGAUACCAAGUUUUCACCAUAUUGUCAUCUGGCUUGUUGAGCACCUGAACCUCACACUGGACGAAUUCAUCAUGGACGACAAAGAAACCUAUUACCUGGUGAAUGGAGGACCACCACGGAAGACACGUGUGGUAAACGAGAACCCAAACAUCCUGAAUUACAACCUGCUACCAGAAGAGAAGAAUGUAUCCGCUGACGAUCUUCUACAGCGAGCAUUGCAGACGGUGCAAAAGGAGGCAGAGACAAAUGGCUGGAGAGCUGCAGUGGAGAGGUUUGACCGCUACUCUGUGAAGGAGUAUCUGAAAGAAGUGGGGGGACUGAGUUCAGAGGCCAUCAGGAUGAUUGGAGACCUGCUCAACGAGCAAAGCCUAAUGUACACGGCAGCGACUGAGAUGAUCUACGACCAGUCCGACAUCGCAGACGACAUUGUGUACCAUCAAGUGAAAGGUGGGGCGGACCUUCUUCCCAGACGUUUGGCAGAACAUCUUGAUAAAUCCGUUUGCCUGAACUCCAAGGUCAAACGUAUCAGCCAGGCAGAAGACGGAGUCAUUGUCUCAUUUCAGAAAGAUGAGCAGUCUACACUGACUGACCUUCAUGCUGACUUUGUCCUUGUCACAGCCACAGCCAAAGCAGCUCUUUUCAUGGACUUCAACCCACCUCUGUCCAUCCCAAAGAUGGAAGCCCUGAGGACUGUCCACUACGACAGCUCGACUAAAAUCUUCCUCACCUUCAGCGAGAAGUUCUGGGAGAAAAACGACGGCAUCCGUGGAGGAAAGAGCAUCACAGACCGACCCUCUCGUUACAUCUACUACCCUAGCCACAGUUUCCCUGGAAACGACAAGAUUGGCGUCCUGCUGGCUUCCUACACCUGGUCAGAUGAGUCCCUCCUCUUCCUGGGCGCGAGUGACGAGGACCUCAAAGAGCUGGCCCUGACAGAUUUGGCGCAGAUCCACGGCGACUAUAUCAGGCCUCUCUGCACGGGCGUGCUGGUGAAGCGCUGGAGUGCGGAUCCUUACAGCUUGGGCGCCUUCGCGCUGUUCACGCCGUACCAACACUUGGAGUACGCCGACGAGCUCUUCCGGAGCGAAGGCAGGGUGCACUUCGCCGGGGAGCACACAACCCUCCCUCACGCCUGGGUUGAGUCAGCGGUGAGAUCGGCAAUCAAAGCAGCCAGGAACAUCCAUCAAGCGGCACAGGAAGUCUAG